AUGGAGGGAAUAGGGUCAGGGUCAGGGUCAGGUUCAACAGCUCCGGCACCGUUCCUACUGAAGACAUACGAGAUGGUAGACGAUUCAUCGACGGAGGAAAUUGUAUCGUGGAGUUCCACCAACAACACCUUCAUAGUCUGGAACCCUGCUGAAUUCUCUCGUCUGCUUCUUCCCACUUUUUUCAAGCACAACAACUUCUCCAGCUUCAUCCGUCAACUUAAUACCUAUGGAUUUCGAAAAGUGCACCCUGAGCGAUGGGAGUUUGCUAAUGAGGAUUUUGUGAAAGAUCAAAAGCAUCUUCUAAAAAAUAUUCACCGCAGGAAGCCUGUCCACAGUCACUCACUCACACAACCUGCUGUGGAUUCUGAAAGGUCAGCAUUUGAGGAACAAAUAGAGAAACUUUCACUCGACAAGACCACCAUUCAAUCCAAUAUUUCCCGCUUCAAACAACAUCACUCUGCGGCAAAGACUCAUCUUGAAGAUCUACGCCUGCGAUUGGAUGGCAUGGAGGAGAGGCAGCAAAAUUUGAUCACCUUCUUUCAAAAGGCUCUUCACAAUCCUACUCUUGUUCAGCAAAUCACACGCAAAGUCGAGUCCAUGGAUUUGUUGGCAUAUAACAAGAAAAGGCGAUUACCUCCUCAGGUUGAUGACCAUGAUCAUGACCAUCACUUGCAGCCUGUUGCAGGAAACACCUUUAUUGACAGUUUUGGAAUGGAAUUUGAACGUAUUUCUCAUCAAGAUUUCUCCAAUAAACUCACACUGGAAUUGUCACCUGCUCUUUCAGAUAUGAACUUGGUGGUGUCAUGUAGUACACAGAGUUCAAAUGAAGAUGGAGAAAGUCCACAUAGGAUGAUGCUACCUGAGACAUCAGAGCUUGCACAAACUGGAGAAUCUUUUACCUUUCAGAGGCAUUCCUGUUUAUCACAAACCGCCACAGUUGCUGAGAGCCCCAAAUAUGAAGAUGGUGAUAGUUAUAUAUCCUGUCUUUUAAAUCUAACUCUGGCAUCUUCUCCAUUACAAGUCAAGAGAAAUUCAUGCACAGAUAGAUCCCCAUCCCUAAUAGACUGUCCCGAAUUUGGCAAAUUGGAAGGAUCAAAAUUUUGUGCCAAUAAUAGUAAAGAAUCCGAUGUUGGAGCUUCCUCAAGCAGAAAUCUAAACGAGGUUACUAAUUUAGCUGAGGCUCCCCAAACUGCUCCAGUUAGAGUAAAUGAUGUGUUCUGGGAACAGUUCCUUACUGAAAGACCGGGCUGUUCAGACAAUGAAGGCUCAUUGUCCACCCACAAAGCAAAUGCAUAUGUUGCUGAGCAACAUGAAGGGCGCUCAGUUCAUGGAAUCUCUGGAGAUGUUAUGGACAUGGAUCAGCUCACACUCUGA